AGAGUCCCCCUGGCCACCCCUAAGCCUAGGAGCCAGAGGGAGAUGCCAGCAGCUUUCUGGGAGCCAGGCAGGGACCCUGUCUGCCCUGCUAGGAGAGGCCGACCGGACGUUUAACUGCCCGGUCAACAAUGCUGACUGGAGCCGCCAGAGUUGGCUGACCCGCUGCCUUGGGCUCCGCUGUGCCCUGGCCGCCGGCGUUUACAUAACGCCCCUCACAACACUGCGGCUGGCCUCGCUGCUCCUGCGCCCGGGAAAGCCCGGCCGGUUGUGGCGUGGGCGGUGCCGCUGUGCCCAGCAGCCCGCGGCGGGAACAGGGUCGUGCCCCGUGCUGAGUUUCGUUUCUCCAGCGGCGCGCCCCGGCCCCGGAAGGGAACUUGCCUGAGCCUGGGCUCGCGCUUGGCGCCUCAGAGCCCGGAGCAGGCGGGCGCGGGAGGCGGUGCGCGCUGAGCCAUGGGGGACCAGUGCGCCGGGGCCAGGCGAGCGAGAGGCUCGAGAAAGGCAGCGAGUCAGAGCAGCGCUCCUGAGCCCCCUCGGGGCCAGCGCGCCGAGCCCCCUGCCCGGGGCGGGGUUCGAGCUGGGGCAGGGAGCGGGGACGCUCGGCCUCCUGGUGGGCAUGCCAAAGCCCCUAACCCCAGAGACGCCCCUCCGCCUGUUGACCCGCAGGGCGCCACAUCUGCCAGAUCCCGCGCAGCGAAGGGACCUGCUCUCAGCCAGAUGGGAUGUGUCCCCAAAGGGAAGGGCUCUGCCCCGGGAGAGGGUAUCGCCGUCCCCCCUAGGAAGGGCUCUGCCCGCAGAGAGACGGGCGCUGUCCCUAAAACAAAAGCGUCCGCCCCCAGAGAGCCGCCCGCUGUAGCUGCCGCCUGCUGCGCGGGGGCAGAGAGCGGCGUCGGUGCCAAGGCAGGUGGAGUGGGAGCCCGGCCGCUCCGGGAGGUGCUGAAGACACUGAGCCUGGGCCGGCAGGACACGUCGGAGGCCUCGGAGCAUGUGAACCAGCUCAUCCGCGCGCUGCUGUCAGCGAUCAGAGCCCGGGAGGGCAGUUUCAGCUCAGUUGAGAUUCUGGGCACCGGUAGCUACUACGAGCAUGUCAAGAUUUCUGCACCAAAUGAGUUCGAUAUCAUGUUUACAAUGCCAGCUCCUAGAGUUGAACUGGAACAAUGUGAUGGCUCUGGUGCCUUUUAUUAUGUGAGACUUAAAAGAAAUCCUCAAGGAAACGAUCUGGACAAAUUUAUACAGGAAGAUGGAACAUUAGCAGCCUGUAAGAUGCUUUUUGCCCUGAGGAACAUUAUUAAAGAAAUUGUAAAGAGCAUGACAAGAACGAAAAUGAAAGUGACUGUGGAUAAAAAAAAGGCUGGAAGCCCUGCAAUAACACUUCGCAUUGGGAAUCCUCCAAUGGAGAUAUCAGUGGAUAUAAUCCUGGCUUUGGAAGUUCGGAGUCAGAGCUGGCCUGCCAGUACACAGGAUGGCCUAAAAAUUGAAAAAUGGCUAGGAAGGAAAGUCAAACAAGAAUAUAAAUGGAAGCCAAUAUACCUAGUACCCAAACAUGCCAAGGAUGGAAGAGUGCUAAAAGAAGACACCUGGCGACUCUCUUUCUCACACAUUGAAAAGGACAUGAUAAAGAACCAUGGCAACACAAAGACAUGUUGUGAAUCUAAGGGAGUGAAGUGUUGUAGGAAAAAUUGUCUGAAACUUCUGAAGCAUCUUCUGGAUCAGCUUAAAACAAAACAUGGAAACAGACGGGGCCUGGACAAAUUCUGUUCCUACCAUGCCAAAACUGCCUUUUUCCAAGCAUGUGUCCUUUGGCCAGAUGACAAACAAUGGCUGUUCACAGACCUUGAGAGAUGUUUUCAAAAUUUUUUGGAUUACUUUCUGGAUUGCCUCAACAACGCAUACCUUCCACACUUUUUUAUUCCUACACAUAACCUUUUUAGUAGGCAACUGAUUGAUAAGGCAAGCAGUGAUUUCCUUUCAAAGGAAAUUAAAUAUGAAAUAAACAAUAGAUUUCCAAUAUUUGAACUGCAGAAUUAAGGAAAUAUUCUAUUGUGUUUUUUAAAAUUUUCAUUUAUAUUUUAUAAAUCAGAGUACCUAAUAAAGAAUCAACAUUUGAAGUUA